AUGGGUGAAAAGGCAGCAACAGCUGAAGUGAUUGAAGAUCUCGCAACUGCACUUGGUGAUGAGCAUGUGAUUGUCAGAUGGCAUGCAUGCAAAGCUCUCGCCGAAAUCGGUGAAAAAGCUGCCACUGUUGAAGUCAUUGCAGAUCUGGCGACUGCACUUGGUGAUCUAGAUUAUCUUCAUACUGUCUUCGGCAUUCAUCGAUCACGUCUUGUUUAG